AUGCGUUUUGCUGAAAUAAGUGAGGCAUAUUCUAUUCUCGGGAAGGUUGAAUCUCGCCGAGAAUUCGACACAGUCCGGAAGAUCAACGCUUUUGGAGUUAGUAGUGAUGCUUUCCGAAUGCAAUACCCCAAACCACCAUCUGAUCUUGAUAAAGUUGGUCUCGAGGCUUAUGAAAAUGAAAUGCGCAGGCGGUGGGCAGAUCGGAUUGCACAAUGGGUAAAGGCACAGGGGCGUUAUGAACUAGAAAGAGGAAUAAAAAUGAAACCUGUUGAAAAUGUUGCCCCAGCUAUUCCGUUAGCGGAGAGAUUCUCUCAAAUGAAUUCUCUUAUAACACUUUGCACUUUUUGUAUUGGUACUGCUGCCAUCAUAUACUCUGUAUACCCAUAA